AGGUACCUUAUUUGUAUCUACGGAAAUCGGAACGGAAUAAUACAAACGUAAUUUCAUGCAUUGUUUUCAUUUUUAUUUUUUGAUAAAUUAACUUAAAUUACCAUCGUGAAGCAAUUUCAUUAAAGUCAAUAUUAUUAGCAGUUAACUAAACGGUUAAAAAAUGUGAUAUUUGUUUAUAAAGAAAUUAAAUAUAACCAACACGAUGUAUGUAAGAAACUGAAAAUGCUUGAAUAUUUAGCAAUAAUGUUUGCGGUUUAAUUAAGCUAUCAAUAUUUUAUGCAAUUUUUCCUGUGAUAUUGAUAUGGAUGAUGACUGUAAAGAUUAUAGAAAAAACAAGCCACAACAAAAGCUGUAUAAACCUGGUAGUGGCCCUCUAAGACGAUCUAGGUAUGGUAUAGAUGCCAGAAUGGACUCUUAUGAAUUAGAUAAUGGUUCUAGAGGAAGAGAGCAUAGUCAUUUUGGAUCUCAACUAUCUGUGAAUGGUGAAGAUGUCAAUGCCUCUGGUAAAGAUACUACAAAUAGUCGACAUAGAAAGCCUGAACAACAACUGUACGUACCAAGGUCAGAAUAUUCAAGUUACGAUAUUGACAAAGAGCCAAAAUCAUCUUUCAAGAGUGACAGUUCUGGUCAAUAUAGCAAUAGACGAAUGACCAGUAAACAUGAUAAUGGUUCUACAACAGGAUACCAGUCUAGGAAUGUCCCAGGUAGAGAUUUUCACCAAAAAGAAAGCUCUAGUAAUGACCACCACCCUUCUAAUAAUAGACAUCAGAGGCAGGGUUCAGAGGCUAGGUCAAUAUCACCCACUCACCAAAACUUAGAGAGAAACAGAGACAGUAGGAGUAUGGAAACAUGGGCAGGACGAAAUAAAUCAGGAUCUGGUGCCAAGCCACCCUCUGGUCGAAGAAAUUCUGCUGGUUUUCCCUCAGAUUCUCGAUCAAAGCAUAUUGUUAAUAUAGACAAUUUACCGCCUAGGUUUAGAAAAAAAUAUAAUUUAGAGCAAUCGGGACAUCAGAGCUUUGAUAGUGUAGACCAGUUAAACAAAGAUAGAUAUGUUCACAAUGAUAUGACACAGUCUGCCCAUAGUCCAGGCCAGAUCCAUAGCCCCAACAAUGCAAACUGGUCUCAAACUUUACCUUCCAGAGGAAGGGGACGUUUAAGGGAUUAUGAAAACUUUGAUAGAGAGAAGUUUGUAUCAACAUAUUUAAAAAGUUAUGAAUUACAAAAUUCAAGAAGGUCUACUCCAAGUAGCUCUUAUAUGAAUCUAUAUGAACCUAACAUUAUAGAUAAUAAAAGUGCAUGUGAAAAACCAGACUCACUUGUAAGUGAUUAUGAAAAUCAAAAGAAUUUAUAUGACAGUGCCUCAAGAAAUGGAAUUAGUAAAUCAAGUGCAAUCAAAUAUGAAAUAGAAAAUAGUAUUGAGAGCAAUGAAAAUGAAAAUGAUGCAGAUGUUAUUUCACAUAUAUCAGCAAAUCUUUCAGAUAUGACAAACUUGGAUUGGAAUGAAGAGGUUGAAAAAAACAUUAAAUUUGAUGAAGUCUGUGAUACAUCUACAUCGUUUUCUCAAAGCCUUAAAUCAAGUCAAACUCAAGAGGUCAAACCAAAUGAGUCCCGUGAAUCUAAGACUACUGCAAGGUCACGUAGGAGAGAUAGAAGGAGCUCAAGCAGAGGACUUCGAAAUUUAGAAAAAAAAGAACGAAACAGAAAGGAUAGCAAUGUUAGCGUUCAGAAUGAUGCUGAACACAAUAGAAAAGAUAGUAUUGCCAGUGUACACCAUGAUACAGCAGCAUAUGGUCUCAAACAACGAGAGAGAGAACGGCGUGACAGCCACAGAAGUAAUCGUUCUUCAACUAUUGGUAACAGCAGAGAUGAUUUGGAUCGAUGGCGCUCACUACGAUCAUAUAGCCGGGAGCAAAGUUCUGAAAGGAGGAUAGUGUCUCAGUGCAACAGCAGGGACACGUCCACUAGUCGUGUUGGAUGUUCUAAAGAUAGUGAUGGAUUUAAGAUGCCUACAUCUGUCAGUAAAGCUGCCACAUGGUCUUCUGCUGCACAGAAGAAAGGGGACCCGCGGUGGAAUGGUGGGCGUACGUCGAGUAUAGAGCGCCGGCAGUCGCCCACGCCCAGCGUGGUGAGCGGCGAGGCGGGCGAGGGCGCGGCGGGCGGCGCGGGCGGCGCGCGGCGCUCCCGCAAGCGCGCGGGCCGGCGGCGCCGCAACGCUGAGAACGUGCAGCCGGCGCCGCAGCCCGCGGGCGCCACGCCCGCGCCCACCAACGUCAACUGGCGGGACGAGAUCUUGGAGUCCAAGAAACACCAUCACGGCGAUCGACAACCAGAUGCAACAAAUCAUAGGAAUAGACUGAACAGUGUCUUAUCAGAAAAAUCUGUGACGGAAUCUUCACAACCUGGCUUGUUAAUUUUGCCGCAAAGUUCAAUAUCCAAUUUACAUAAAGACCAAGGACGCAGCUGUAAUGCAGAAACACAAAAAAUACUAUACGACCAUCAGAAUCCUUCAAAACCGAUUAUAGUACAAACUAGCCCAACGAAACAAGACAUGAGAAUGGAACGAGGUACAAAGGAGACCAGCUCGCGCGUGACCGCGGGGUCCGGCUACGAGGGGUCGGAAGCGUCGCGGGGUGCGCGCCACGUGGCUCUCUUGCAAAAGGUGGACCGCGCCGACGCCAUCCUCAAGAUGCACACGCUCCGUGGCCCUAUCACGCUCGCGGCCAAUUGGCCUGACGUCAUCGAAACUAGGAAGUUUUUACAAAGCGCCCUACAGAGGCUAUUAAUGUCGGAUCUGAAGUAUUGCCAGGCGGAUAACAUAGAGCACCAGUUUUGGAAAAUUUUGUACUACAACUUUAUUGAAAGUCUCAGAAAGAGCAUAUCUCAUGUCACUCCGGAAGAGAAGCCUGAGGUCGUUAAACUGUUAAACGUAAUCAUUGAUGAGGGAAACGCGUUCUUUGAGAGUCUAGUACAAAUGUUAGAGAAAACUUACAAGUUUAACACAGAGGAUUAUAUCAAUGAUAGUCAUGUGCUGCCGCCGAAGGGCCUCGGCUAUGUCGGCUUGGCUUUGAUCUCAGUUCAGAAGUUAUAUGUCUUUCUCGGCGAUUUGGCGAGAUACAAGGAGCAAGUCAACGAGACCAACAAUUACGCUAAAAGCAAAUUUUGGUACACAAAAGCUCAACAAAUUAAUCCUAAAAAUGGCAGACCAUACAAUCAGUUAGCAAUUUUAGCUAUAUAUGCGAGAAGAAAACUAGAUGCAGUGUAUUACUAUAUGAGAAGUUUAAUGUCGUCGAAUCCAUUUCAGUCGGCCCGAGAAAGUUUGCUAUCAUUAUUUGAUGAAAAUAGAAAAAAAUAUGAGACAGCGGAGCGGAAGCGUCGAGCGGCGGCAGAGUCAUCGAAAAGCGAGAGCGGCGAAGGUGCGGGGCGCGCGGGCGGGGCGGCUGGUGCGGGGCUGCGGCGCGAGGUGUGGGUGCGGCCGAGCGGGCACCGCACCACCACGUUGCAGCCCGCGCCCGACGACACGCUGCAGGCCAUGACGCCCGUCGAGUUGAAUAAAAAUUUCAUCACCAGUUAUUUGCACGUCCAUGGCAAAUUGAUAACGAAAAUUGGCAUGGAGUCGUUUCACGAGAGCGCAGCGCAGAUGCUGCGUCAGUUCCGCGCGCUGCUGCACCGCCAGCCGCUGCCCACGCCGGCCGCGCGCCUGCUACAGCUUACGGCACUCAACAUGUUCGCCGUCGAGACCACCGCCGCCGCACUCAGAGGUAGCAGCGGUGGCGAACGUACAGCAUGGCUCGACUGCGCGCUCGGCGUGUCGCUGCUCAUGUUCGGCGCGCUGCUCGAGCGCUGUUGCGCCUUGCUGCCCGAGCCCGCCCACACGCAGCAGCAUGCCGAUGCUUUGCUGUUAUUGCCCGCUAUAAAGGUGUGGUCAGAUUGGAUGCUAUGCCAUAGUAGUAUAUGGAAUCCGCCUCCAGCGUUUGACAAUUUCGAAAUAGACAGCGAUAACGACCCAUGGGACUGGCUCGCGAAGCUUAUGAAUAUACUCGAAGCUCUUGACGAUAAGUCCAUCGAUUUCGAAAGCGAAAUGAAAGAAGGUUACGUGUCGGUGCGGCUGCCGGAGGACGCGUCGCUGGCGGGGUUCACGCCGCUCAUGUACAUGGAGGCGGCGGCGGCGUGGCUGCCCGCCGAGCCGCCGCUCGCGCCGCACGCCGCCGAGCACGCGCUGCGCACCAGGCGGCUGCUCUUCUUCGGCACCGAGUACCUAGUAGGAGUGGAGCCGCCAGUGUUGAAGCUAGAAUACCCCACCGGCGCGCAGCCGCGCUACGUCAGCGCAGUGCUUCGGACCGAACCCAAGUAUCCGCCUUUGCAACAGCUCUCUGAGAACUCCGAGGACGACGACAGCACCAGCGGCGUGACGAGCGGGCCCACCAGUCUCAGCGAAGAACUGCACGAAGGCGCCGACGAGGCCACGAGGAAGUUGCUCCGCAGGAAAGAACAACUCGAAUCUAGAAAGGCGACGUUCGAGAAACGUCGGCAACGAAUGCAGGAGAUGCUGAGCAGCGGCUGGGUGAGCGCGGAGGUGGAGGUGCGGCCGCGCUGGCUGGUGCCCGACACCAACUGCUUCAUCGACCACCUGCCGCUGCUGCGCGCCGUGCUCGCCGCGCCCGACCAGCCCUACCAGCUCGCCGUGCCGCUCGUUGUGGUGUCGGAGCUGGAGGGGCUGCGGCGCUGCGCGCGGCUGGGUGGCGCGGCGCGCGACGCGCUGGCGUGGGUGUCGUCGGGCGGCGGCGGCGGCGGCGGCGGCGUGCGGCUGUGCACGGCGCGCGGCUCACUGCUGGCGGCGCGCGGCGUGGCCUACUCCGCCGAGGAGGACGAGGCGCGCGCCACCAACGACGACCGCGUGCUCGCCACCGCGCUCAGCCUGCACAACAACCUCGCCGCGGACACCGAGUCGCGCGGCACCGAGGCGACGGAGGUGGCGCAGGCGGCGGGCGCCUGCGUGCGCGAGGUGGUGCUGCUGACGGACGACCGCAACCUGCGCGUCAAGGCGCUGGCGGCCGAGCUGCCGGCGCGCGACCUGCCCUCCUUCAUGACGUGGGCCGGCAUACACGCGGAGCGGCUGCCGGACGCUAAAGCCACAAGUAGUACUCACAGUCCAGACGUUUGAUGCAACUCGACGCCAUGUAUCGCCUGCUCUAUUAGUUCAUAUUGUUAUGAUUUGUUUUUGACGCGAAUUCAUUAAGAUACAAGUUAGAUUAGACACGAAAAGAAUUUAUAUCUAUGACUCGCACUCUACGAUCGACGAGGCGCCGCAAUAACUGCGUUACACUCUAGAGUAGGAAUUGAAUAGUAUAAGUAAAAAUAACACACCAAUAGAGAGAUAUAAUAAUGAUAAAUUUUGUUAAGAGCUUUAGGAUUCCACCUCCGUGUUCCUGAGCGACAUUUUUAUUGUUAAUUCUAUUUUGUCUCACUCUCUCUUUUAUUUUUUUUUUAAUUUACACGGUAUCUAAAAUUAUAUGGUUUCAGUGACACGGCGUUACUAAGCUAUUUCUAUUUUCUUUAUGUAAUAUAUUAAGUAUAGUUUGAUAUUUCAAAGCUAGGUGAUAUUUUUUUAACAAGGAAUAAAUUCAUUUUUAAAAUCAGGUUCAUUUAUAAAACGUAAUUUCUUUUUAAUAAUAUACAUUUUAUGAGUUACGAUGGUUUGUUCUGUGGAGUUUAUAAGGUUGCUAGAUGUUUUCAAAGUGUUUGUACUACCGAAGGCUCGUUUGUAUUCAAUAAAAUGUUAUUUUACUGUCGUAUUGUGCCAUUCGCGAGCUGUCAAUGCGUUUGGCAAUGUCGUAUUCCACUGGCGGUAUAAUUUUAUUUUAUAAAACGACUGCAGCAUAGAUGAAUAUUAGCAAUAAGUAUUUAACACUGAACAAAAAGAUAUUCCAUCACUUUAUAUCUCACUAAAUAUACAUAUACAAACAUAUACUUUUGUUAAAUGUUUAAAAAUAUACAGACUUUUACUAUCUCUAAUAAGAUCAUUUUGUUGUAACAAAUUCCGACAAGAAAUCUAUUAUAUUAUAAAAAUAUAUUAUUAUAGUAUUCUUCUAUUAAUUUGUUGUGCAUAUGCAAAAUACAAUAUUUUAAAGGUAUUAACAAUAAAUCGUACUUUAUUUAUAGGUAAAGUGGAUUUGCAUUGAAAUUCAAAACAUAGAGUAGGUACUGUUGGGGUACCAUAGUGAUAAAGAAUUUUAUCGUUACUAUUUACUUUUUUUUUCAUUUUUGAAACCAAUUUGAUGCUGUUACUUUUUCUCUUAAUCAUGAUGUUAAUAAACAUUGAUUACUUCUAA